GACGCCACUUCUGAGUGACUCAGCGUUUAGUGUGCACCGGAGAACGAGCGGCCCACCCGCAUCUGUACAGAACGGAGCCGGGUGCACCUGCGCCUGUCGCGUACGUGAUGUGAGGGAGAUUUUUCGGUAGAGCACCGCCUUCCGAUUCAGCCCUCGGCCCGCCCGCAUCAUCGUCAAGGACUCCAGAGGCCUGUAGUAUUUCAUGAGUUGGACGUGAGUGAGGGUUCCAUCAUGAAUAAGAACAGGAGAGAGUUCUACAGCACUGAUGUGGGCGACUCCACGUUCCGUGUCCUAAAGCGGUAUCAGAACCUGAGGCCCAUCGGUUCCGGUGCUCAGGGCAUUGUAUGCUCCGCAUACGACAGUCAGGAUGAGCGGAACGUUGCGAUUAAGAAGCUGAGUCGACCCUUCCAGAACCAAACCCACGCCAAGCGCGCCUACAGAGAGCUCGUCCUCAUGAAGUGUGUCAACCACAAGAACAUCAUUGGGCUCCUAAAUGUUUUUACCCCUCAGAAGUCAUUAGAAGAGUUCGCAGACAUGUACCUGGUGAUGGAGCUGAUGGAUGCUAACCUGUGUCAGGUGAUUCAGAUGGAGCUGGACCACGAGCGCCUCUCCUACCUGCUCUACCAGAUGCUGUGUGGCAUCAAACACCUGCACGCAGCAGGCAUCAUACACAGGGACCUAAAGCCCAGUAAUAUCGUGGUCAAGUCGGACUGUACGCUGAAAAUUCUGGACUUCGGUCUGGCGCGGACGGCGGCCACCGGUCUGCUCAUGACGCCGUACGUGGUCACCCGCUACUACCAGGCCCCCGAGGUCAUCCUGGGCAUGGGCUACCAGGCCAACGUGGAUAUCUGGUCUGUGGGCUGCAUUCUGGCUGAGAUGGUUCGACAUAAGAUCCUCUUCCCAGGGAGAGACUAUAUUGACCAAUGGAAUAAGGUGAUUGAGCAACUGGGCACGCCCACUCAGGAGUUCAUGAAGAAGCUCAACCAAUCGGUGCGCACCUACGUGGAGAACCGCCCCCGCUACGCUGGCUACACCUUCGAGAAGCUCUUCCCAGACGCGCUUUUCCCCACAGACUCAGAACACAACAAACUGAAAGCGAGUCAGGCAAGGGACCUGCUGUCUAAGAUGCUGGUGAUUGACACCACGAAGCGCAUCUCAGUAGACGAAGCCCUGCAACAUCCCUACAUCAACGUGUGGUACGACCCAGCAGAGGUGGAGGCACCUCCUCCGCAGAUCAUUGACAAACAGCUGGACCAGAGAGAUCACACAGUGGAUGAGUGGAAAGAGUUGAUCUAUAAAGAGGUGCUGGACUGGGACGAGAGAGUGAAGAAUGGAGUCAUACGUGGACAGCCUUCUCCUCUAGGUGCAGCCGUGACCAGCUCUCCUCAGCCGUCCUCGUCGUCGUCAGGCAACGAUGUGUCCUCCAUGUCCACGUCGGACGCCACGUUGACCUCUGACCCUACCAUGACCUCUGACACGGACAGCAGUCUGGAGGCGGCGCUGGGGCCGCUCGGCUGCUGCAGAUGACCACUCCCAGCUCCACAAGCCCCGCCCACACAGGCCACACCCAGGAGGCUUUCCUAUUUUGAUUUAGAAUGAUUUCAUGUAAUUAAUUAAUAUAUUUUUUUUUUUAUUAUUUAUUUACUUUGGUUUGAUUUGAUGUCAUUUCUAUGAGCAUUGUGUAAUGCACAGUGAUUGGCCAUCUGAACUGGAGGAGUUUAAGGUGGACUGAUUUUAAGGUGGACUGCUCCUUCUUAAGGUGGUCUUAAUUUUCUUAAGGUGGACUUGUCUUUCUGAAGGUGGUCUGCAAUUUUCAUAGAUCAGAUCUCUAGAGGAUGAUACAGGCUUUAAGUUCUAUCGGUGUGUGUGUGUGUGUGUGUGUGUGUUAAAGAGUCAUGGUUAACUGAUCAUGGUCUUGCGUUUCUAAACCAGAGCUGAGUCUGAGGGGGAUUAUUUUUAUACAGCUUUAUGUUCUCACCUUUCAAUGCUGCUUUUUUUAUUCACAAUCGACUGUG